CUGCGUAAUUCAAGGAACAGACUGAGCAGGAAAAUACUGCCUCAAAAGUAGUAGUGAAAAGAUCCAAUCACAAAGAAAGAUGAACAGUUCUAAGUGCUUUUAUCUCUUCAAUUGCGAUAAGACGUACGAUUUAGAUGUUGUUGAGAAAUUGUUGGACGUCAUUCAAACGAAAACGACGGGGAUCGAUAUACAAUCGAAGAAGAAAUAUUUUCGCCUCCACCAUAUGCCCGAGUUAACUAAGACUAUUGAUGACCAGACUAGUGAUGGACAAACGAUGGAUUAUGCUAUUUUUGCUGUUCAUGCACACGAAUCUAGGCUGUCGAUUAACGAGGAUAACGCUGGCAUUGGUUACGCAAAGAUCUACAGAGCUUUAUUAAGGGCAACGGAUGAAAGAGUGAUUGUUGUUAUUGGUGGAGAUGACAACUACAGAAAUGCCUCUGAGGAAGAUGGAUCUCUCCUGUCACACUGGGCCCGAAGGAAGGUUUCCUCUCAGUUCAAAGAAGAAUUCAUGGAUGGAACCAAGGGGUUCCUUUUUUCUUGGGACAAGAAUCACAGGGCAAUUCAUGAGGAGGCACUGUUACAUUUUCUUGAUUCCAGGAAGAAGGGUCAAAAAUUUUUUUACAAAAAUAAACCUCAGGCAGAGCCCAUGCAGAGUGAAACUUUAGGUGAUCAAAAGCAGAAAACUGAAUUACACAAAGCAAAAAUUCAGAUGGAAGAGGGAGGAGCGCAUGGAAAGCAUGCAGCUGAAAUCUAUCAGGGGCAAAAGGACGUCCCUACACCCAAUCUUCAAAAAGAAAUGGCUGAUUGUGAUGAUUCUGGGGUAAAAUCCAAGGAGGAGAUGGAACGGUGUUCGUUUAUAAAAUCUGAAACUGUCUACGGCCACUCUCAGGACGAAAUGGAUACGAACACGCCACAAUCGAAAUCUGAGGCGAACCAGUUGGUAGUACUUGGCCGGAAUCAGUCUGAUUUAGCUCUAAUUCAGAACCUUUUCGGUUAUGAAUUCUCUGAAAAGGUUCUAUAUAUCUCCGGCAACCCUGCGGGAUUAAAAGAUGUCCUAAAGUCACAUUCAAUAAAUUCCAUAAGAUCUUGUUUCAUCUUUUUGGAUGGAGCAGCCAUCUUGGAAGAGUUCGCAUCGCAUUACAAAGACCUGCUUCUAUACGUCAGAGAUAAAGUUGACAAAAAAGUCGUUGCUAUCAUCUGCUCUGAUAAUCGUCUGAUUCACGAAGACAAAAUUACUGAAACUCUUGGAGAAAAGGCAUGUAUUAUUUGGUGGAGAGAACCCUUUUCCCCUCAAGAGCAAUCUUCCAGGCGUAGUGCUCCAUUCAGUCGAUCACAAUCUCUUCUUGAUCCUGAGGCAGAUCACCGCACGUUACCAAAGUGUGUCGAAGAGUCAACACUGGUUUUGAAGACCCGACUUCGCAAUGGUAAGAUUUCAUAUGACGAGGUAGAAAAGAGAUCCGGAGAAUGGACUCCUCCUAAAGAGAUAGAGGACAGCUUAUUCAAAGCAUGGCAGUCUGCUCCCAACGUAGAAUUACUGAUAUAUGAACACAGGGAAAAUGAAAAAACAAAACUGCGGGUUAUUGUGAACGAUAAUCGGAACAUACCCACAAUGAUUGAACGGUUUUUUAACGACAUUGCCGCAACGGGGUCUAUUUGUCUUCCAUUUCGCAUAGCACCAUCCCCUCCGCCUCCUGACUGA